ACACUCAAGUGACUCAACUCUCACUCUCUCCCUAUCUUUUCUCCCACGACCAGAGUAACUAUGCAAACACUACUCUCGCCGGCAGCUCGCUCCGGCUUCUUCCCGGCGGCGCCACAGCAGGCCGCCCCGGCUCGUCCCUCCGCGUAUCAUCUCCCUCUACGAUCAAUCCCCCCCUGCCACGUCCCCAGCCUCACUCUCUCUCCUUCUUCGCCUCUAAAUCACAGAGGAUCAAAGCUCUCCUUGGCCACUACUCUAAGGGCAACUUCCACUCCAGCUUCUCAGACCUCCUCCCCCGGCGACGAAGCCGAAAAGGCCAAGCUCCUCCAGGAGGUGGCUAAAAGGUUGGAGAGCACGGCGAGGUAUUUCAAGAGGUUGGGUAGUUUAGGGUUUUGGGGACAGCUGGUGUGCACUGUUGUGGCUGCUGUGAUUCUUUCCUUUUCGGUUGUUAUAACUGGGAAGAUUUCGUCGCCGCCUACGUUUUAUGCCACUGCUGGUGGGAUUGUUGCGGCUUUCAUUUCUGUGUUUUGGUCAUUCGGGUACAUUCGUCUGUCGGAUAAGCUUCAGAAAACUGCAAGGGAUCCUGCAAAGGCCCCUUCUCGUGCUGAUGUAAUCAAAAGCUUAAGGAAUGGCAUUGGACUGAACCUUUUGGGUAUGGGUGCUGCUGUUCUUGGUAUGCAAGCCACAGUAGGAACAUUGGUUGCUAAGGCUCUUACGUCCUCAGCAACUCCAUAUUACCAGGGUCUCUCUCCUGGCUACAGUCCUGUUCUUGCAUUGGAUGUAUUCUUGGUGCAGGCAUCUGCAAACACUAUCCUUUCGCAUUUCUUGGGGCUUGUUUUCUCACUAGAGCUGUUGCGCUCAGUGUCGUUGCCACCUGCCGAAGGCAGUCCCAUUCCUAAGAUGGCUUAAGUUCUUUGCCUCUACUCGACAUGGUGUACUUUGAUGUUGAAAGAUGUUUUGAAGCUAUGAUUGUAGAUGAGUGGAGUCCAUGAUGUUAAUGAAAAAUCCUCAGUUUUGUAUUAUAAAUUCGCAGAUUUUGCUGCCUGUUUCCAAUUGCAAUAUAUUUGGUUACAAGGACCAGUGUACCUGGACUCUCUUAGGCACUGUUUUAAGCAACGGUAGGGAAUGGCCAUGAGCGAA